UGCAUUAAAUUAAGGGAAAAAAUAUCAGAGUGAGGCAUCUUCACUUUACAACCUUCUCUGGUGACGUUGACACGUCAUCAGCUGCUUCGUCACCAACAACAUCAAACAUGGCGGCGUCUGUCCGGGAGAAGCAGACAGUCGCUCUGAAGCGGAUGCUGAACUUCAAUGCUCCUCCUCUGAAGAAUACGGCAGCGGAGCCAGUAUGGAAGGUGUUGAUAUACGACCGGUUCGGUCAAGACAUCAUCUCCCCACUGUUGUCUGUCAAAGAGCUCCGAGACAUGGGCAUCACCCUGCACCUGCUGCUUCACUCGGACAGAGAUCCCAUUCCAGAUGUUCCAGCCAUCUACUUCGUCAUGCCCACAGAGGAGAACAUCGACAGGAUCUGUCAGGACCUGAGGAACCAGCUGUACGAGGCGUAUUACCUGAACUUCAUCUCUGCCAUCAGCAGGAGUAAACUGGAGGACAUCGCCAGCGCCGCUCUGGCUGCUAACGCUGUCAGCCAAGUGACCAAGGUGUUCGAUCAGUACCUGAACUUCAUCACUCUGGAAGACGACAUGUUCAUCCUCUGCAACCAGAACAAGGAGCUCAUCUCCUACCACGCCAUCAACAGAGCAGACAUCCAGGACACGGACAUGGAGGCCAUCAUGGACACCAUCGUGGACAGCCUCUUCUGUUUCUUCGUCACCCUGGGUGCGGUGCCGAUUAUCCGUUGUCCUCGAGGAAACGCAGCUGAGAUGGUCGCUGUGAAACUGGACAAGAAGCUCCGUGAGAAUCUGCGUGACGCCAGAAACAGUUUGUUCACCGGGGACAGCAUGGCCACCGGACAGUUCAGUUUUCAGAGGCCCCUCUUUGUCCUGGCCGACCGGAACAUCGACAUGGCCACGCCCCUCCACCACACCUGGACCUAUCAGGCGCUGAUCCACGAUGUCCUGGACUUCCAUUUGAACCGGGUGCUGAUGGAGGAGGGCGCGGGGGCGGAGCCAUCGCCCGGUGGCGCCAGACCAAAGAAGAAGAACAUGAAGACCUACGACCUGACUGUCGCCGACAAGUUCUGGCAGAAGCACAAAGGCAGUCCGUUCCCAGAGGUGGCCGAGUCGGUUCAGGAGGAGCUGGACACGUACAGAGCUCAGGAGGACGAGGUCAAGCGGCUGAAGAGCAUCAUGGGUUUGGAAGGAGAGGAUGAAGGAGCCAUCAGCAUGCUGUCAGACAACACAGCCAAGCUCACCUCCGCCGUCAGUUCUCUGCCUGAGCUGCUGGAGAAGAAGAGGCUGAUCGACCUCCACACCAACGUCGCCACUGCAGUCCUCGACCACAUCAAGAGUCGUAAACUGGACGUCUACUUUGAGUAUGAAGAGAAACUGAUGAGCAAGUCAACUUUAGACAAGUCGCUGCUGGACAUCAUCAGUGACCCCGACGCUGGAACCCCAGAAGACAAAAUGAGACUUUUCCUCAUCUUCUACAUCACUGCUCAGGUGGCUCCUUCAGAGUCUGACCUGGAGCAGUAUAAGAAAGCUUUGUCAGACGCAGGAUGUGACCUUUCACCUCUCAACUACAUCAAACAGUGGAAGGCUUUUACCAAAAUGGCCGCCACCCCAGCGAACUACGGCAACAGUGGAGUUAAACCCAUGGGGCUCUUCUCCAGGGUGAUGAAUACCGGCUCCCAGUUUGUCAUGGAGGGAGUGAAGAACCUGGUCCUCAAACAACAUAACCUUCCAGUCACUCGGAUCCUGGACAACCUGAUGGAGAUGAAGUCUCAUCCCGAAACAGACGAUUAUCGAUACUUCGACCCAAAGAUGCUGCGAGGAAGCGAGAGCUCCAUUCCCAGGAACAAGAACCCGUUUCAGGAGGCCAUCGUGUUCGUAGUCGGAGGAGGAAACUACAUCGAGUACCAGAACCUGGUGGACUACGCCAAGUCCAAACAGGGGAAGAAGAUCGUUUACGGCUGCAGUGAACUCUUCAACGCUGCCCAGUUCAUCAAACAGCUCUCUCAGCUCGGCCAGAAGUAACGUGGACGCCGGCGAAAUGUGAAUCUGUCUCUUCAUUCCGCUUUGUUUUAUAUCGACUAAAUGUUUUCUGUUCCUUCCUGUCCGACUCACGGCCAAUAAAUCAGUCUCCGCUCAA